CUCCUCCUCCUCCUCCUCGGAGAAAGAGAGAGAGAUUGAGAAAGAGAAGGAAAGAAAGAGAGAGAGAGAGAGAAGAGGGGGGCGCAAUCGGACGGCGCGCGCCUUGAGCCCAGCCGGGGAGAAACGCCCUGGAAGAAAGAAGGGAACGCGGAAGGCAGAGAGAAAGGAGAAAGAGAGAGGGAGAGAAGGGGAGACGCAGCCUCCUGGAGGAAGAGCAGGCGACCUCAAGGGCAAGUGGAGGAGGAAGAGGAGGAAGAAGAGGAAGGCUCUUUUCUCCCCCAACUCUUUUGGGACGGGAGCGGGGGGCUCCCCAGGCCUCCCCUCGCCCAGAUUUGGACCCUUGGCCACCAUGAAGGCGGCGGUGGACCUCAAGCCCACCCUGACCCUCAUCAAGACCGAGAAGGUCGAGAUGGACUUGUUCCCUUCGCCGGAUAUGGAAUGUGCGGAUGUGCCUUUGUUAACCCCAAGCAGCAAAGAAAUGAUGUCACAGGCAUUAAAGGCCACAUUCAGUGGAUUCACGAAAGAACAGCAACGACUGGGAAUUCCCAAAGAUCCCCAACAGUGGACGGAGACCCAUGUACGAGACUGGGUGAUGUGGGCGGUGAAUGAAUUCAGUUUGAAAGGUGUGGACUUCCAGAAAUUCUGCAUGAAUGGAGCUGCAUUGUGUGCUCUGGGGAAGGACUGUUUCCUUGAAUUGGCACCGGACUUUGUAGGAGAUAUUCUUUGGGAACAUCUGGAAAUCCUGCAAAAAGAAGAGAUAAAGCCGUAUCCAACAAAUGGAGUGAACACUGCCUAUCCAGAAUCCCGUUAUACAUCUGACUACUUCAUUAGUUAUGGCAUUGAGCAUGCGCAGUGUGUUCCUCCGUCAGAAUUUUCUGAGCCCAGUUUUAUUACAGAGUCCUACCAGACCCUCCACCCAAUCAGCUCCGAAGAGCUCCUGUCCCUCAAGUAUGAGAAUGAGUACCCGUCAGUUAUCCUCCGCGACCCAGUCCAGAUGGAAUCCUUGCAGACAGAUUAUUUCACAAUCAAACAGGAAGUUGUAACACCGGAUAACAUGUGCAUGGGGCGUACCAGCAGAGGUAAACUUGGAGGCCAGGAUUCCUUUGAGAGUAUAGAAAGCUAUGACAGCUGUGAUCGGCUGACACAGUCGUGGAGCAGCCAGUCAUCCUUCCAAAGUCUCCAGCGUGUCCCUUCUUACGACAGCUUUGAUUCUGAGGACUACCCAGUGGCCUUGCCCAACCACAAGCCCAAAGGCACCUUCAAGGACUAUGUUCGGGAUCGGGCUGACAUGAACAAGGACAAACCUGUCAUUCCUGCUGCUGCUCUGGCUGGCUACACAGGUAGUGGACCCAUCCAGCUGUGGCAAUUCCUGCUGGAGCUUCUCACAGACAAAUCCUGCCAGUCUUUCAUCAGCUGGACAGGGGAUGGCUGGGAAUUCAAACUCUCGGAUCCUGAUGAGGUGGCAAGGAGAUGGGGCAAAAGGAAAAACAAGCCAAAAAUGAACUAUGAGAAGUUGAGCCGUGGAUUGCGUUACUACUAUGACAAGAACAUCAUCCACAAGACAGCCGGGAAGCGCUAUGUCUACCGUUUUGUGUGUGAUUUGCAGAGCCUGCUGGGCUACACCCCUGAGGAGCUCCAUGCCAUGUUGGAUGUGAAGCCAGAUGCUGAUGAGUGAAUGGAAGAAGUGGGCUAGAAGAGAAACCUGUAUGGGAGAAAUUCCUUAGGCCUAUCUAAAAAUUCUAUUGGACAACAUGUUUUAGGUGGUCACCAUUUCCAUUUCAAAGAAAAAUCAGAUUGUGAAGGGGCAGGCUGUUAAGCUUUUGAAUGAAACUGUGACAUAAUGUGUCUGUGAGUAGAAAGCCGCUUUUCUCAUUGGAACGUUCUUGGAAGGUUUUAUUCAGUUUUAUAUUUUAACAUUUCAGGAAUAAAGAUCUUUACGGUUAACUGCCCAUUACAAAUUAUUUAACCAGUUAAUUCACGAUUGUCUCCCCUCCCAGGGCCAUAAACUGACAAUCCACAAGCUCAUAAGGCUCUCUUUUUUGUGGGAAAUGCCCAUAACAUCCUGUUUUAACUGAAAUAGCCGAGAACUGUGAUCCUUGAUCAUUUUCAUUUCAAAAAAGAUAAGAUUUUCUUUGUUAAUCUUGUUCUCAUUGUUAUCAGAUGGGGACCAAAAAACUUUUUAAAAAAUUGUAAAAAAAAAGUUAUUUUAUUAAAUUUUGUGCCAGUAUUUUUAAAAUAGUCUUAAGCUCUAAGAUGGUUUCAGUAUUGCAAUAUGUGUGUUUGUUUGUUUUCUAUACCAGCUGUAAAUUUAAUUAGCAUUGAGGGGAAAGAAGUACAGAGUCUAUGUAGACCCCCACCAGAAAUAGACAGACUUGACAUCUCCAUAAAAAAUCAACUGGGGAGAAGAAGACAAGAGUUGUAAAUGAGUGGCUGUUUUGCUUUAACACUGAGGCUCCUGCACUUUACUCCCUUGUUCUGUCAUUAUAGCUGGUAAUCUUUUGACUAACAAUACUAUCCUUACAUUCAUUCCCACUUUGAGUUGAAGGAAAGGCUGUAUUCUGAUGUUCAAAUUUCAUUGCCUAAUCCUAUAUGCAUUCUUUUUGACAUCAUGGCCUUGAGACUCCCAUAAUUUGGGAUUUAUAGUUCAACAACAUCUGGAACAUUGCACGUUAAUUAUCCUUGAUUGAGUUAAUGCAAUCAUCCAUCAUUUAUUGAUCAUUGGUGUUUCAACUCAAGUAUUUACAUUCCAGUGUAAAGCCUUACUAGAGGAGCUACACCAAAUUGGUAUAUUCAAGUUGGACUUAGAAUUGGACUGAGGCUAGAAGCACCAAUUGCUAAUUUUAUGCAGCUAUACAGAGCACCUUCCAACUACCUGUAGUGGAGUAAUUAUAUAUGAAAUAUUUUUUUUCUUGAUGGAUGCACGAACUGGGUAUACAAAUCCUUUAAAUUCUAUAAAUCUAGCUUCUUCAUCCUUUGGAGAAAAAAAUAGGAGACGAAAGAAGACAUAAUGUCAUUCUCAGGGUUACUGGAAAAGUUGAUGCUGCGCCAGGACUUGAAAUUAGAACCCUAAACCAUUAAGUGCCUGAAAUCCAAUGUAUAAAAUCCUGAGCAGGAAAUCAAAACCUUUUGAAAAUGUAUCCUUUGAAAAGGAGGACACAUUUAGUAUUGGAGUCUUAAUCCAAUGCUCAACCCACUCAGAAAAGGAUAUAUUUUGUUGCUUGCCUUCAAGUCGUUCUUGAUUUUCAGUAACCCUAGAACAGAAGAAUCAAACCCAUUUUCACCAAGGACCACAUCGCCCUUAUGGUUGCUUUCAAAGGGCCGUUUGUAUUUAUAAGACUGUAUAAAAGUAACUCUGUUACUCUAGUAUUGAAAGCCUCACAGGCCACAAAUAAUGAUGUGGUGGACCAGAUUUGGUCCAUGGCCUUACAUUUGACACGUGUGCCCUGGAACCUAUCAUAGUAUUUUCUUGGCAAGGCUAGUUCAGAAAGGAUUUGUCUUUGCCACCUUUUUAGUUGUGUAACUUGUCAAAAGUCAACCAAUAAGUUUCCAUGUCUGAGUACAGAUAUGAAUCCUGGUCUCCUAGAGUCUUAACCUAAUGCUCUAACCAUGCUGGCUAUCCAUUGUAGCAUUUCCCUGCUCCAGUAGCUUUUAAAGAAUACGAUAAAAGCUAUGAACAUGAUACUGAAAUAGACCACUUCAUUUUAUAUGGAAGAGGAUUCCAGUGUGCACUACUCCUGAGGAGUUGUGGUCUAGGCAGGGCUUUAAGGCAUCCUCUGUGGUUUUCAGAGGGCAAUGUUGUCCAUUAUAAUCAGUAAUAUAGUCUUAAGUAGUAUUUCAAAGAUGGGCUUCCAAAAGGCAUGAACGAAUAAUGAGGCCAUAGUGUGGGAAUGACCACCGUCUGUUGAGAUCCUAGAAAGAUAUUGCCUGUUAGGAAAUCCAUUAAUGAACUAGACAAGUCAGUGAUCUAUCUGUCUCAGUUUGACUAAUUAAUUCUCUGUCUCACCACUUUUUCUGCUGUUUUUAAAAGUUCUCAAUUUAUUUUUCUCCAUUUUCUCCUUCCUCCUCAGCUUACUUCUGUUGCUGCACACUGAAUUCAUACUGAAAAAGUAUUAUUAUUAAUUUUUUUGCUCAACUAACUCAGAGGAGAAGAGGACAGGAGGAGACAAAAAUCUUGCUUUUCCCAGUAGGCUCUGGCAAAAGCAAACUGCUGCAGUUUCUUCUGGCUUGAGGUUUUUUUUUCAUUCAUAACUUUUUCUAGCUUGACUGCACUCUGAUGUUGCUCAGCCACAUCUGUCCCAUUUUUCGCCUGUGAAAUGUUGGAAGGAUUCUACAGCUUUUCUGAAUAACUGCAUGUCUGUUGGGCUUAUAAAUAUAUUCUUCACUCAGAAUAAAAACCAACUAAUGUUAGAAAACAGCCACAGUGAGGAAGAGGCAUAGUGCUCUUGGUGUGCCAUGUAUUAACAUUGAUUCCUAUGGUAUGACUAAACAACCAACAUGCAGUGGUAGGCAUGAUUUCAACUAUCAUGACUACUUAUGCAUAGAUGUCUAGAUUUCUUGACUCCUGACUCCACUAAAGUUCUCAAAGCUCCAUGGGUUAGUAGGUAUCACAAUUAAAAUACUCUGAAUUCUGUGAUGUAGAGCAAAAUUCUCCAGUCUGGUGCCUAGUAGAUAAAAAUAUAUUUCAACAAAUCUGAAGAACACUAGUUUAAGGAAGGCUGCCACCCAACAUAGUUGGUUGACAACUUGCAGUAAUAGCUUCCAUUUGUUUUGACUUGGCUGGUUGAAGAGCUUGGUUUUGCUGGGUGAAAGUUAAGCUCAGUAUUUCUUGGGAAUCUAUAGAACGAAGAUGUUGAGCUAGGGCUAUUGAUGGUGAGUGGUCUUGGUGCAAAGAAGGAUAAAAUGGAUUCAGGACAUAUGGUUUUGCCACAUUUUAUUCCAUGAGGAAGAUGAAAGGAUAUGAUUGGAAGAUGAGAGCAAUGAAAAGCUAGUGGAGAGGAGAAAAGAUUACAUUCAAAUUUCAAAAAUGAAUUUCCUUUCUAACGUUGUAUGCUAUGGAUUCUUCAGCAGUCAGUUACAGUAUCUAAGAAAAAAGGAGAAAUAUCCUUGGCAAAUCAAAAAGAAAGAUUAUCUUUUUAGAUUCCAGAGUCAUUGUAGUCUUUUCAUAUCCCUGCAAGUAAAAGCUGAUCCAAAUUAUCUUUGGGUCCUUCCAUUUUUCACAGGAAUGCUAAAAGGAUCAACCUUCCAUGCAAACUUUUCAAAUGCCAACUGGAAGAUACAAUUUCGGGGAAUGCUUCAGGACCUAAAAUUGAAUGGGUGUCCUGAAGCAUUCCAGGGCUUCAGAAAGCAUCAUAUUGCUAAGUAGCAUAGAAAUAGCCAAAAUGAAACAAAAAAAUAAAUAAAAAUAUUUUCAAAUUUUAAAUUUUACAAAAUCGGAAUACAUAUAUCCCUAUGGUCUGAAAUUUUCAGCCAGGGCAUUUUAAGAAAAGGAUAUGCUUUCGUAUAACAUGAGUCUGCUGAGAGGUUCAUUGAAUUCAGUGAGACCUACUCCUGCGUAAAUUAUGACAUAGGUCAGAACAAUUAAUUUCGCUUUAAAAAAUACAUACACCUUCUCCAAAACCAGGUAUGAGAUAUUGCCAUAUUCCUUUUUGUUUCUCACUUUCAGCAUUUUUGGUAGCUCAUGUGGCUCCUGGAGCCUCCCAGGGAAGAACUGGCCAUGGGAGUCACACAAUUGUCCCUCCCUGGUCUAGAUGACAAGGUUUGGUCCAAGCAAUGCAUUGGUGGGUAGAUCAUUUUUCACCACCAAGAGUACUGGAGAUGAUUCUGGUUUUACAAAUCUCAGUCAAGUUUUGGCCCAGAUCAAUCAAGAUUAACCUUUCAAAAAGUAUUCUCAGGGAUCUUGAAGGGCAGCAGAGUUGCAUCAGUACCUCAGGACACCAUAUGUGGCAUUUGUCCCUUGUCAAUGUCUGUGCCUGACUUGCUGCUUGCCUUUGAAGGCAAUGAUGGACGGGCAGCUUUGUCUUCACACUGUGUUCCGUCAUUGCUUCCGGUUGAUGUCCUUCCCCUUUACAGAGCGCACAACUAGAGCUGGCCCUAGGUAUUUUUCAAGUGUAGGCGAACAGAAUUUUGGUGCCCCCCCCCCCUAAACCAAUCACUGAAAAAUAAAAGCGUUGGAUAAGCGAAAAUGUUUGAUAAUAAGGAAGGAUUAAGGAAAAGCCUAUUAAACAUCAAAUUACAUUAAGAUUUUACAAAUUAAGCACUAAAACAUCAUGUUUUACAACAAAUCAACAGAAAAAGCAGUUCAAUACCUUGCAGAGAGGCAGGCCGUAGGAGACGGGAGUUGCCUCGAUGGCGCCCCCAACAAGAUGGCACCACAGGCAACUGCCUAGUUGGCCUGGUGGUUGAAUCGCCUCUGCGCACAACCCAUGUUGAACUAGAUGAAAGUAGAAAGGACAUAAUAGAUGUCCUUUCUGAUUUGAUGUCAAACUAUAUUUUUGCUUUCAAAGUUGGAGUAAUGUAUCACCACUCAAUUGUGCUCUCUUAGUCAUAAUGGAUCCCUCUCUCUCCUAAAUGCCCUAAAGGUACCAGAUCCCAUCUAACCUUGGAAGCUGAGCUCUGGUUCCUUAAAUGGGAGAACACCAAUACAUACUAGGUGGUGUACUCUAUAUUUCAGAGACAAAAUCACCUCUGUGUAUCCCUUACCUAAAAAAAAACCUAUGAAAUUCAUGUAGUUGCCAGAAGUACAGACAACUUUAAGGCACACAGACAAUCCAAAGGGCAGGAGAAAUAUCCCAAUGACUGGGGUAAUCCCAUCUCCCUUUUUUCUUCAAGUCCCUGCUUUGUAGUGCAACUGGGAGAAUAUAGGGUUUGCAUUUCUUUUUCCUGCCUUAUUCCAUAAUUCCAACUUCAGAAGCCAGUCAAUAAUCAUUUAGUCAUUCUACAACCUAAUUUCUAAUCCUACUUCCUUGCAUUUUAUUUAAGCAGCGACAAUGCUUUCAUUAUAUGACAAUCUGCCUUUUAUUCCUCAACGUUCUGAGCUAAUCAUUUAGGAAUGUGUUGGAGAUAUCCAGAUGGGAGCUAGGAAAACACAAAGAGCAAACCUAGGCUUCCAACUGAAUGUACACUGUACUAUAACGAUUCUUGGCUUUCUUAUGACUGUAUUUUUUUAUCAUAUAUGUUUUCGUCUUAUUCACAUGUUACAUUUUAGGUGUACAUUUGGAAAAGCCACACCAGUGACAAUGUUAUGUAUCAAGCAGCCCCGUGUGCAACUUUUCUAAUGUCAUGAUUUGCCUUAUAAGAUAUUCAUGUUUCCUCAAAAUUGCCAAUUUAUUUUCUCAAGUCCUCCUUCCGUUGGGCUCUCUUCGGGGCCAAUGAACUCUUGCCUCCAUUCCAAAGAUUUUGAAUAGAUGAUACCUGAUGUAUCCAUAUAUGUUAGACAAAAGUAUCUCCAGGAAUUAACUGCCUCAGUGAAACAAGUUUUUGUUUUUUUUGAAAGAAAUAUAUAUGAAGUUGUGUUAUUUUUUUCCUUUUUUUGGUCUUUGUUUUUAUACCUGUUUUUAAGCUGAUAAUUUUAGCAAAAAAAAGAUUGUUAUAUUAUGCUGUUCAACUAUUUUCCAACUUGUAUUUUCAUAUAAUUUAUAUUUUAUAGAACUGAAAAAAACAACUUAAAAGGCAAGUUUUUUUAAAGAAAAAAAAGCAGGUGCUUUUUGAGAAAAGAAAACCAAACUCAACUGAGGUAGCAUAGAGAUGUAGCGAUGUCUGUGUUUUUUAAAAAAAAGAAAACUCAAAACAGUAACCCCUCCCACACUGAAGACUUAAUAGGGAGUGGAGCUGGUUUUGUUUAAAUUGCUGAUGCUGGCACAUCAUUCUUCUGGAGAGUUUUUUUGUUUAAGAAAUAAACUGUAUCCUGAUUUCAUAUUGUAUUUUAAACCAUUUAAAAUAAAAAUAAAAAUCACAA